AUGACCAAUAUCAGCAGGCAGUCCUGCAGAGAUUUUGAGCAUGUUGUGGAGCUUGCAGAUGGUUGUCUGGUAUUCACUGUACGAGGCAGCCUGGAUCCCCCCUCCUCUCCCAUCACCACCUCCACCGCAAGUCCUGAUUUUACAGCUCCAGUACAGAGCCCACAGUCCAUUCCUGCUUCAACUCCUCCACCAAGUGGUGGAAACUAUGAACUACAACUUGACCUUUACCUCCUUCGUUACCUAAAGGAAAGCCCCAACGCUGGGAAAGAACUAGAGAAAGAACUCUCUUUUGUGGCCUGCUCUGCCAAGCUUUACCCAGAGGAUGAGAGGGCUUUAGUUAGGUGCUUAGCUCAACCUGGUGCAGAAGAUGAAGUUAGAAACUGGACAGCUGAAGUAGACAAAGUUUUUGAUGGAUAUCUGUGCCACUAUGAGGUUGACCCUCACAAAGUUAAAUCUUUGCUUCAGUCCUGCAGCUCCCGUCAGGUCACAGAUGAGGUGAAGGUGUACAGCGAGGUUGGGAUGGCUGUUGUUGUUGGGAAACGUUCUCAGGUGAAGGCCAGGUUGAUGGAUGUAGAGCACUCACGGGUUAAACAAGGGUCAAGUUUAAGUGAAAAGCAAACCAGCAUUCGCCGACUUGGCACAGCCAAACUCCGUCUCCUUUGGACAGAGAUUGAGCACAGUCUGGGACGAGAUUUUCCAGGUGUGAAGGUCACACAGGGAGAUGCAGGGCAGUUAGUUUUGGAAGGAUCUGUUGAGGAGAUUCUUAAGGCCGGAGACCAGAUCUCUGAUAUGGAAAAUUUGGUGUCAGAAAGGACAGUUUCUGACAUGAGCCCACAUUUUUUGGCCUUCCUCAGGAGGGCAUAUGGAGGUCCAGGGGUGCUAAGUGACAUUUUAGGGUUUGGUGACAAGGUGGAAGUAGAGUUACGAGACACAGAGCUGCGUUUGUUCAGCCACUCUGCUGGAAAACUGGAUGAGACAGAGAAAAAACUGCAAGAAAAAUUCAAGGAAGUCAAGAUCUAUGUGCCUAACUGCUCUGCUGUGCCAUCUGAGCUUCAGGAAAAGCUUAAGUCCAAGACAAAUGAGAUGAACCGAGGGCAGCAUAGGGCUCAGGUUGUGUUUGGCUCAGACUGCACAGUGUUCCUACUGGGCCACACGAAGGAGGUCGAAGAGCUGAGUGAAACUGUCACACAGUUUAUUUUGGACCAGUCUUGUGUGCAAAGCAUAGUCGAUCUCCCUUUCCCAGAGUUAGCACAAGAGUUACCAGAAUUGCUGCAGCUGCAUGGUUUUGACUAUUCAGGGGUUACCCUCCAUACUUUAACAUCUUCCUCUGGGCCUGUGGUGAUGCUGGAAGGUCCAUCCAGCAAAGUGACUGAGGUCAGGAACAACUUGGGUCCAUUUUUGGACUCCCUUAUUCAGGAUAAAGGCGCUACUGGAGCAGUAAGAAAUAUCCGUACUCCCACUGGGAAAGAUAAACUCGUAAGUGUUACACAGAAUUUGGCAUCUUUGAGUUUAAGUGAAGUUAACACCCUAGUUGCUAGCUACAGCCUUCGUGAUGGACUCAAGGUUCUGGUGUGUCAGGGGGACAUCACCAAACAGGUUGCUGACGCCCUGGUGAACGCUGCCAAUGGAGACCUGAAACACUGUGGCGGUGUUGCUGCUGCACUGAGUAAAGCAGGUGGCCCUCAGGUUCAGAAAGAGAGCAGCGCUAUAGUAAAGCAGACUGGGAAAAUUCCUACAGGUGAAGUUGUAGUGACCACAGGGGGGAACUUAAACUGCAAGAAGCUGCUGCAUGCCGUUGGGCCUGUAGGUGGAGAAUCAGGUGGCAAAGAAAGGUUGUUAUUAGAAAAAACUGUCCAUUCUGCUCUGAAUUUAGCAGAAAUGAUGGAGUUUGAGUCUAUAGCCAUGCCCUGUAUCAGCUCAGGUGUGUUUGGUGUUCCUGUCACUGUGUGUUCUGAGGCUAUCGUGACUGCUGUUAAGGAGUUUGGCAGUCAGGGAGGGCGAAGUCUGAGCAGAAUCAUCCUGAUUGAUAACAGAGGAGAGGUGGUGCGGGCCAUGCAGGAAGCAUGUGACAGGCUUCUCCAAGAGAUAAGUCCUGGAAACCAACCAAGUGAUGUGGGGUUCCAGAUCAAUACUGCCCAAAACACUGCAAUAGGAGCCACAGCUGGAGCUCCUGGAGAUGGUGUCCGUGUGGAGAUCAUUCAGGGAACCAUCGAGACCCAGCAGGUGGAUGCUCUGGUAUCGCCCAUGGUUGGCCAUGAUCCUCUCACUACCCGUGUUGGAAACACUUUGUUCAAAAUAGUUGGACCCCAGCUGACAGCAAUGUUUAGAAAGGAAGCAGAAGAAGAAAUGAUGCCUGGUGACACAGUCCUGGUAGAGGGUUUGCCUGGACUUCCAUCUAAUGCAGUGUUCUUCCCCAGCCUUGUUCCCUGGGAUGAUGACGACGAUGGGGCUGCAGUUCAGGUUCUGAGACUGUGCAUCAACAAAAUCCUAACUUCUUGUGAGAACAGAGGGUUUGGAUCUGUUGCGUUCCCCGUACUCGGGGCUGUGAUUGCUCUGCGUUUCCCUGACAACGUGGUAGCCAGGGUUCUACUGGAGGAGGUCCAUGAGUUUGAACAGAACCGAGCCGGCAGAACACCAUUCAUGGUCCGCAUCGCCAUCCACCCCAAUGAUGAAGAGUCUGUUGAGGUCUUCAAGUCUGUCCAGGAAACUUUACAACUCAAACGAUUCACAAAAGAUGUUCACCAACCCGACCAUGUGUCAACUACAAAGAGGAUUGUCCUGCUGGGAAAAACUGGAUCUGGGAAAAGCAACCUAGCUAACACCAUAUUUGGAGAGAAAUUAUUCACCACAAACCAUUCACCCAACUCUGGAACAAGAACAUGUCAAUCUGAAACCAAAUCUGUCAAUGGAAGAAGCGUCACUUUGAUCGACACUCCUGGUUUCUUUGAUGCAGAAAGGUCUGAGGACGACAUGAAGCCUGAGAUAGUGAGCUGUAUCACAGAGUGCGCUCCUGGGCCUCAUGCUUUUCUCAUUGUGCUGAAAGUGGAGAAAUUCACAGAGCAGGAGCAGGCUGUCAUCAACAAAAUAUGUCAAUAUUUCUCUGAAGAUGCUCUAAAAUAUGCUGUCAUUGUCUUCACUCAUGGUGACCAGCUCCGUAAAGGGAUGAAAAUUGAAGAGUUUGUCAAUCAGAAUAAGAAUCUGAGUGACCUGGUGAAGAGGUGUGGAGGCCGGUGCCACGUCAUUGAUAAUAAAUACUGGAAGAACAAACAGCAGAACAACUACAGGAGUAACCAGUUCCAGGUGGAGGACCUACUCAACACAAUAGACAAGAUGGUGAUGGAAAACAAUGGGGGCUGCUACACCAAUAUGAUGUUUGAAACAGUAGAGAAAGAAAUACUGAGAGAGGAAGAGAACAUUAGACAGUCAUCAGGAAACCUGCCAGUGGAAGAGAUCAGAAAACAGGCUAAAACCAGAGUGUCCGAGAGGUUUCUGAUCCAACUUGCAGGUACUGCAACAGGAGCAGUGUUUGGAGCUUUUUUUGGUGUGGCAGCCAUGGUCCGGUUAGUUUUCACAGUUAUAACUAACUUUAAAGGAAUAAUGACACUUCCAGCAGUGGGAGGAGUGGUGGUAGGUGUGUCAACAGCAGGCUUGGCUGCAACAGGAGGAGUAAUGGGUGGUAUGAUUGGACACAAUGCAACUGAGGGAGCAAAAACACCAUUGGAGGCAGCACAGAAGGCAGCUAAGGCUGUCAUGGACAAAAGAAAAGAUACACUUAAGCUGAUUUAGCUUUGUUUUGCCACCUGGGGGCAGCGGAACAACAUGAAGACAUGAAGACUUAACAGGUACUUUUGACUGAUGAAGUCAAAGGCACCUAUUAUUUUUUAUAAGUUGUUGUGCUACAGUAACCUAUUUACAUAUCUAGCAGUUAUAGAGCAGCAUUGGCAUUCAUUUGGAGUUAUGUUUCUGGCCACCCGGCGGUCAUGUUUAUCCAACAUUCACUCUCCUUUUAUCUCUGCUUUUGGCUCCACUAACUACAGGUUUAAUUAUCUGCUCUGUAGCUGCUAAAUGCUCUACUAUGAUCACCAGCUCGUCACUAUUUUUGUCUGCCGUUUGGUGCUGAGCACGUAGCGUACAGAGAAUUCUGCUGAAAAAAACCGCUUGCCGAAGUGGAAACAAUGAUUGAUAAGAGUUUGCUGGAUAGAAACCCAAAACAGUGAGCUUAAAUAAGUUAACAAGUCUCCACACAUCUGAAUAGUCGGGUGAUAAAUUUUCGUGGGUUUGAUACUACGAGCGACAAUGACUUUCACAUCACUCAUAGUCACUUUAUCCAUUGUAAAUGCAAAAAUAAAAUAAAAUGUAUUAGUGCAGCUUUAACUACAGGGAACAAUCUUUGGGGCAGUGACCUGAAAAAGGUUAUUGUUCCUUUGUAAAUUACUUGUAAAUACUUACUUCUGAUCAAAGAACACUGGCCUUAUGUCAUCUUUAUAUAUUUGCAAUGUGUAAAAUAAAUGUAUUUAGGAAAUAAAGCAACAUAAACAAUAUUUCGUUAUCUCACAGCGAUGGACUCAUAACUUAAUGGUGUUGGUUGACUUAUUUUUACAUUGUGUAUUUGUUAAAAAU